UGCCUGGCUUACAUUUCAGGGCAUAGUGGAGACACAGAAAAUAGGUUGCUUGAUCAACCAUGUCUGGUUUUGUGGUGGAGGCAGAGCUGGGCUUUUCACAGACAUCUUUUGAUGCCAGCCCUAUCAGGAUAACCAGAGUAAGAAACAGACAUUAUGUAGACUUAAAGCUACUUUUAUUAAAAUAGCUCUAGUUACAGAAUCUUGGAAGUCUGAAUGUGUUUCCCUUCCUCCUUUUAUCUUCAGAAGUAUUGAGGGCAUUUUUGCAACAUACUUUCUUGUUCAUUCAUUGUACAAAUAUAUUUUUUGAUUUCUAAACUGGGCCAACAGUUUUGUGAUGGAGCUGUCUGCACAUAUCAAGGGAAAGGCUUCCUCCAGACCUGAAGAUACAGAUGAUUCUUCUGAAUUUGUUCGCUUCUUCCCAAACUUUGUCUGGACGGUGCGAGAUUUCUCACUGCGGCUGGAACAUAAUGAUCAACCCAUCACAGAGGAUGAUUAUCUCGAAAAUGCGCUGGAAUUAAAAAAAGAGGACAGUGAGAAGGAGCAGGCGUUCAAUCUGCCCCGGAAAUGCAUCCGACUGUUCUUCCCCACCCGGAAGUGCUUCGUCUUUUAUUGCCCUACUAGAAGUAGGGACUUACCCUAUCUGGAAACGAUGAUGGAUAAUCAGCUGGAGCCUGAAUUUGUGGAACAAGCAAAUAAGUUCUGCAAUUACAUCUAUUGGACAUCUCGAGAAAAGACUCUUCCAGGCGGACACAUUGUCACAGGCAAUUUGUUGGCAAAUUUGGUGAAGAUCUACGUGGAUACUAUCUGUAGUGGGAAACUUCCCUGCCCGGAGAAUGCAGUCUCAGCCUUGUCUGAGACUGAGAACCGUUUAGCUGUGGAGGAAGCUGUUGCUCACUAUGUGAAACUGAUGAAGCAAAACGUGGAGCUACCCACUGAGACUCUCCAGGAACUUCUGGACAUACACAAAAAAUGUGAGGAACAAGCCCUCCAGAAGUUCAUGGCUCGUGCUUUCAAGGAUGAUAAACGUCAGUUCCAGCAUAAACUCAUGAAAAUUGUGAACAAGAAGAAGGAAAAGUACUGCAGGAAAAAUGAGCAGGAAUCUUCUAAAAUCUGUUCAGCUUUAUUGAACUCACUCUCUGAGAACCUGGAGCAGAACAUCAAGAACGGAAACUACUGCCGAUCUGGUGGCCACCAGGAAUUUGUAAAUGACCUCCAGAAAGUGGAGAAACAAUACUUGGAGGAACCUAAGAAAGGAAUAAUGGCAGGUGAGACCCUGAAAAAAUUCCUCUGUAGCAAGGAAAACAUCAGCAAAUUCAUCCUUCGAAAUGAUGAAAGCCUUCAACAGAAGGAGGCGGAAAUAGAAGAUGCAAGGAUGAAAGCAAAAGCAAAAGAAUUAGAGGGUGAGAUUCAGAAGCAGAAUGAGGAAAUGUUGAAACAGAAGCUUGAAAGCGAGAAAGAGAGUUAUGAGAUGAACCUUCAGAAGCUAAAGGAGAAAUUGGAGGAAGAAAGGAAGCAGAUCCUGGAAGAGCAGGAGAAAAUGAUCCAAAGCAAACUGAAGGAACAAAAGGAUUUCUUGGAAAAGGGUUUCGAGAACGAAGCAAUCCAGAUGAAUAAGAAGAUCGAAGAACUCAUAAGUGAAAAGGAAGAGGUGGAAGAUGAAAAUUGGCUAAUCUCAGGUUUAGGAGCCCUGAAAGGAUUUUUCACUGAAAAAAUUAUUGAGCCAAUUGUAGAGUGGUUUGAAGAUCUAAUGGACAGUGACUGAUCAAGUGCCUUUUCAUCCUAGAAAUCACCUGGUGUAUUCUUACUAAAGUUAUUUUGGAUAAGUUUUGUCAAUUUAAAUUUAUGGUGUGCAAAAUCAUGCUCAGAUUUUUGGGACAUUUCUUUACGAAAUUUGAGAUUUAGCAUUUUAAGGCUUUGUGAUUCAAGGUUCUGGCUUUAUGUUAAGCUCCUGUUUGUUUGUUUGUUUUAAUCGGGUGACCAUUUCAUAGCGACGUAGGCUCCUUCUCUAAGUAAAUAUACUCUUCAUUUCCCACUUCCUCUGUAUUUUUUUUCUUUCCUGGCCAUUAGAUGAAAUCAAAGUGAUUGAAAGUAGAGAAUCACUUGCAAAAUUUUUAAACUGCUUUUUUAAAAAAGUAAACACAACUCAAAGGCCCUGAGUUCUAAUCCCACCUUAGGGAUGAAGCCAGCUGGGGUGUUCUUGAGCCAGUCCCUCUCUCUCAGGCCCAGGAGGGGGGAAAUGGCAAACCACGUCCAAACAACCUUACAAGAAAACUGCAGGGCUUAGUUGGGGAAGUCACCAGGGGUCAACAAUGAUUCCAAGGGAGAGAAAAAUAUAUGAAAUUGAAAAGUAAAACAAGCUCCAAAAUCCCUGUCCUGCACUGUCCUCUUCUGGCUGCAGAUCAGUUGCUAAGGAUGACUUGGUAUAUACCUAGACAUAAAGUACU